CCGUUCCACCGCGACCUGGGUUCCAUUUGCUCUUUUUUUUCUUUUUCCUGAAUCCUUUAUACCAACUGCCGAUUACUCGUCCGCCAUGGAAGAAGGUUCUUCGCGACGUUCCAAACGUCCCUUCGUUGAGGACGAUGACUCCAAUAAAGCUCCAGACCAGAAGCGGGUAAGGUUCCCAAAGGGUAAGAAGGUAAAGCAGGGCGAUAACACGAUUGAUGUGCCUGAAGAUAAACCUAGUGGGUGGACAGAUCCUCGCAAUGCAGCCAAAGAGCGUUUGGUACGGCGGAAUCAAAUAACAGCGGAGCUCCUUAAUGAAGAAAAUGAAGGUGAAGUAUCUGACAUAUCGCGGGCAGAAGUGGAAUAUGAGGAAAAUGAAACAUUCAUUGAUGAUGGGAUUGCAAUAGAGCCUUUUAAUUUGAAUAAAGAGAGAGAAGAAGGUUAUUUUGAUGCAUCAGGAAACUAUGUUGAAUAUUUAAAUGAAAAUGAGAUAAAGGAUGCAUGGCUUGAUAGUGUUGAUACUGAGAAAAGAUAUUCUGGGAAGAAUGCUAUCAAGAUAUCAAAUGAAGAUGAGAUUCAAGACCUUACAUCAGAACAACUAGGAAAGAUGAAGAGGCGAAUUGCUGAUGUGCUCGAGCCAGGAGAAACAGUUUUGCGAGGUUUAAGGAGAUUGAAAGGUACCUCAAACAAUAACAAGGGCAAGAUGUCUGUAGAAACUCAGCAGCUGUUUGAUCAGCUAACGGAAGAUGCUAUGAAGCUGAUGGAGAAUGGAGAUUACAAUGUGUAUGAAGAAAAGCAAGAGAGUUUCCAGCGGGAAGCAGAGGGAUACGAGAAGUUAUCUCAGGCAAGACAGGGUAAAUUCAGUGAAUCGACGCAGCCUAAACCCGAUAAUAUCCUCGAUGAAGGUUUCCUCCCCAGUGGGUCAACUGCUACUGCAGGAGGAAAUUCUAUGCAUAAUGCAGACGUGGCUUCAUCAAAUUUAUAUAACUCAGCUAGCAAGAGCGAUGAUGCAUUUGACAUAUUUGGUGAAGACGAUGAAAAUAUUCCAGCUAAUCCUGCCUCUAAUGGAGGUGAUCAGCAUGGAGAUUAUGUCUUUGAUGAGUCCUCUGGUUAUUACUACAGCAGCAGUUUGGGCUACUAUUAUGAUCCUUCAUCUGGACUGUAUUGCCAUGCAUCAUCAGGACAAUGGUACUCAUAUAAUGAUGAAUCGGGCAUAUACCAAGAGGUGCCACAAGCUACAUCCAAUGCAAAUUGAAAGGGGCUGAGAGAAUACAGGAGGAGUGAUGGUCCUGGUGAUAGUUUUCUUUGACAAAGGUCGCCGGCUUUGCUGUAUUUGUCAAACUUACUGAAUCUCAACCUUUGGAAACACGGCAUAUUUGAGAAAUGCUUUUUGCACUUUUCUCAGUGCUCACUGCAAACAUCAUGGUUGCAAUGGUAUAUUUUCGUUUACGUACAAACAGGUGUACAGUGAAUUCACAGCAUGUUGAGAAGUAAAAACUUGUUUCUUGUAUCUUGUGGUUACAAUCUCGUAGGUUUCUUGUUCUUGUAAACUGCAACAUGCUGCCAGUUUCCAGUACCUCUCGAACUGUAAAAUUGUUGUCUAGUUUGCUUCUCCA